CUCUCUCUUUCUUCUCAUCCUCGCAGUCCGGUUUUAAACAGUCGACCUGAGCAUGCUGAGCGGAAUAACACACACAAUGAUCUUCUGCAUCAGUCGAGCGGUGUUUUCUCAUGGAUGCUGAGGAUCUGCAGGUUGAAGCCAACUCCUGAUGUCAUCUACUCAAGAUCAGUAUCUGAAACAACAGUGUGAAAGAUGCCAAUACUUACAUUAGCUUUAAAAGCUGAGAAAGCUCCAGACCUCAAGGGAGGAUCAACAAGACUGUAUUUGAGAGCUUAAGAACACAGAACCUUCAGGAAACAUGAAUGUAAAUGAUAAUGCCAGACCCUUUGGGAGCUGCACUGAAGAUGGCUGUAGGGAAAUGAGGAACAACAACGGACAUGCUGAGGAUUCCCUGGAUGGAGAUGCCAAUGCUAAUGAAAUCCAAAGGGAACAUGGAGGAACUUUUGAGUUCAUUGACACCUUGUCCUCUGUGGUACCUCACACUGAGAAACAGGUCAAGAUGAUUAUUCAGGGCACAGAUUCCCCAUGUGAAGACCUGGAUCUGGCUGAGUUUGAGAUGCUUGAAAGUCAAGAACUAGAAAAUGAGGAAGAGAUCAAUAUUCCUAAGGAUGACCUGAAGGGGUCUCUAUCCAACAAUAUGAUAAAGACUGAAGCAAUGUCCCUGAAAGAUAGCAAUGGGCUCUCCCAGUGCUCUCUGAAAGAGCAAGAUUCCAUUGUUUGCCCUCAGUCCAAUUGCAAAAAAGUUGUGUCCAGCAUAGCCAAGGCUGAGUUUAGCUCUGAAAACGAUGUUUUUGUGUCUUGCCUCUCCACAAUGUCUAGUCUUGGAGGAAGUCUUGCUAGCGCCCUGGACCAAGCCGAUCAAACUCAGAGCUCUGAUUCAUGGUAUGCACCCUCAGGACCAUACCGAACUCUCUCUGAGGAUCUUACUCUUGCCUCACAGUCUUUUUUGACCGCAUCAGAUAAAAGUCGGAGCUCCCUACACACAGGAAAAAGUACAAUGCACAUCGGCAGUGAUUUUAACCUCACUUUGCCUGAGGAACCUCUUUUAGAAGCACAAGAAAACCAACCAGCCAUAGACUUUGCAACAUAUGAGAUUUCAGGCCAGCUGACAAAUGGUGUGAGUGAAUGUAGCAAUACAAAGACCAAAAUGGUCUCUAAUGAAUCUGGAAGUGCCAGUCAGGAUAAUACAGGAGAACCUGGAAUUCAUACUAAGGAGCACCAUGGACAACAUGUAACAGAAGACAAGGAUCCGAUUUUGAAAACAAUAUCAACUAAGACGAAUUCAUGCCAACCUAUAAUUUCUGAAGACACACAGUCUACUUCACAUCCUAGAAAGUUCUCUCAUGAUUCAAGUGGUGAUAUACAGAAUAAACUCAAAUCCCAUGACCAAGAAUGUCGUGACCUGAAUCUAAACUUCUCUACAGUAACGUCAAAAGGUAUACCAGUCCACUCUGGUGGGUCUGAACCCCAACCAUACAGAAAGCAAGCAUCUUUUGAAAAAAUAAAAAGUUCUAGUUUACUGGAAAGGAGAAGACCCUGGAGUAGCCCUUCUCACCCUGAGACCCCUCCAUCCCCUAAAAUCACCUGUUCACCUCGGAAACAGCCACCUUCUUCACCAGCAAGAUCUAUUAGCACAAGAGUGGCUAGUCAGGAACGUACUGAAACUUCACAGAGGGGUAUCAGUUGUCUGAGGCAACCAUGUAAAAGCUUUCUCAGUAGUAGUAUACCAAAACCUGUCCUUUCUCUACAACCUAGUAGAACAGAGUCUGGACCCAAGAAGUCCUCUCCUUCUCACAAGCCCAAAAAUAUCCGACCCAAAAUUAUCACCUACAUCCGGAAGAACCCUCAGGCAAAGAUGAUACCUGAAGGCCCCUAUGAAGUAUCAACUCUACCACCCAGACUUACACCAUACACCAGCUCUCCAACCUCAAAAGAGCCAAAGGUUGAGGGGUCCAGAGGUUCACCUGUGCUGAGCUCUUCUAACAUACUUUAUGAUAAGUAUCGGCAGGAUAUACAGAGGUCAGGGUACUACUCCCCUCCAGGACUGAUGGUGUCUGGGAUCAGGCUACCCAGUCGCACUGUCCCCCAUAAACUGGUGGGCAAAUCAGAGAGUUUCCAUGGAGAGCUGCCAGAUAAAUACUUACAUGAGGUUGGUAGAGAGGAUCAUCUGACUACCCAUGAUACUACUGGUGUUUUCCGCUUUCCCAAAGCUUUAAGGCCUCAGCUUGGAGUUGGAGCCGUCACCAGACUGCCUGCUACUAAGAACAGGGUGGUAUUACCAGGUCAAAGGUCGGCAUCACCCCUCGGUUACAUGGCUCCAGCUGGUCAAUCCCCAAGUAUUCACCAGGAACCCUCAGUGGAUCAGAAGAGGCUAGCAUCAGGUGUGGCUCCCAAAUUUAUGCUCUCCAAAACGGGUCAAUCUGGACUGCGGCUGCCCGGCUUCUCCCACCUACCUCCUGCCCGACUGGCUGCAGUUGGCUUCAUCCGCAGUGCAAGUGUGUCCUCUGUGUCCAGCAACCAAUCAAACGACAGUACACAUAGUGACCCCUGCCGAUCCAGCCGUCCAAACAGUGGCAGUGAGGAGACCCUCUUCUCUCGCUCCCCUCUCCCCCUCACCAAGAGCAGCAGUGUAAGAAGUCUUCACCGCGGCAGCCCCCCACCCCCCAGUGCCCCCACCCGCCGCUCUCUGCUCCCACCCCCUCGCGGCUCACCUGUGGUGCGUCAGAAGUCAUGUGUGGCCCGUCUGGGUGGGUGUGUGGAGGGUGUGGACCCCGAACGGGAGCGUCUGAUGGUAAAGAGACUGAAAGAGAGGUGUGAAGAUCAGGCCAGGCAGCUGAUCACCCUACAGGCCGAGCUCAGGAAGGCCUCACGAUGCCUCUAUGUGUUCACCAUUACCACUCAACACUUCUGCCAGAAGAGCGAGAGUGGAGCUGUGAAGGAGAGGGAGUUAUCCCUGCAGUUAGCCAGGAUCAGGGAUGAAGUGGUGGUCAGUGUUCAGCGGUGGGAGCGUCUGCAGGGUGAGAAGGUCCAGCUGGAGCAGAAUUUUGAGCGGGAGCUGAGAGGACUCAAAGAGCAGCAACAGAAGGAGCUCAAGGCUCUGCAGGAGAGACUGGUAGAGGAGCAACACUCUGAGAUACAGCGACUCCAGCAACAGCAGCGCAACCACCUGGAGCAGCUCCGCUCCCAGCACCAGGAACAGAUUGAGGAGAUGAGUGAGAAUCAUGAGACAGCCCUGAUGGAGAUGGAAGCGACUCACAGUGGCACUCUGGCCACUCUACAGGAAGAACAUACCAGAACCAUCAAGAAUUUGAAGAUGGCACAUGAGCAGCAGAAGAAAUCCAUGGAGGAGGAAUUUGAGAAGCUCAGACUCUCACUGCAGGAUCAGGUGGACACUCUGACAUUUCAGAACCGCACUCUGCGAGACCGGGCUAAACGUUUUGAAGAAGCUCUACGCAGAAGCACAGAUGAGCAGAUUGUGGAUGCCCUCGCCCCAUAUCAGCAUAUCGAGGAGGACCUGAAGAGUCUGAAAGAGGUUCUGGAGAUGAAGAACCAGCAGAUUCAUGAACAGGAGCUCAAGAUCUCAGAGCUGGAGAAAAUGGCCCAAAAGAAUGUUCUGUUGGAGGAGCGUAUUCAGGUGUUACAACAACAAAAUGAAGACCUCAAGGACAGGAUUGACCGCAACCUUGCCAUGUCCAGGCAACUGUCGGAGGAAAAUGCCAACCUGCAGGUGUACGUGGAGAAAGAGAGCAACGAGAAGAAACGACUGAGUCGCACCAAUGAAGAGCUCAUGUGGCGGCUUCAAACGGGUGAGUCUCCAACCCAGUCGCCACUUCAUCGGCCAUCGUCAAGUCCCGCGUCACCCUCCCGAGUACAGCCCUUUCCUAGAUGAGUCC